CAUCACCUGGACAACCACCGCCACCGAAAAGAAAAUUAAAAAAAAUCAAUAAUCCGAUAUCCGACAAAAAUCGCAAAAAUGGGAAGAAAAUCUCUAGGGGUUACCAGAAAGUCUAGGAUCCCCAAGCACAUCAAUAAAAUUUCCAUGACCCCCGACAAGUACUAUGAACUUAAGGUUUAUAUCAAGUCCGUCGUUGUCCCCGGCACCCCGGCUUUCGAAUUUAGGCGUCUGGGCCACGGGGCGAAUAAGAAAGCAUACCACCUCUGGCUCCAUAAGACUCUUGAGGAGGCUGGGCCUAGGUUUUUUCCGAGUGGCAAGGGGGGCCUGGCCUGUCCUGAGGAUUACCAUAAGUAUGCUUUUUUUUUUUCUUUUUCCGAUUUGAUUUUCUUUUGCUCUACCCAGCAAUUUUCUGGAGGACAUUAUAAUGAGCUAAAGGUGGAAUAAUAUAUAGGAUUUACAAGGCUGUUCAUCGGGUUGUGCGUGCCUUGAGCAUUGGGAUUAGGAAGAGUUAUUACAGGAGGAACCCGAGAGCUGUUCAAGGGGGCAGUAGCGAUGAUGAGGUGGAGAUGGCACAAGAUGAGGAAGCGCAUGAAAGGGAGACUAGUGAUGAUACUGAUACUGAGGAAGAUGUUGUGGUGCUCGAUGAGGAUGAGAGAUAUGCUCAAUGGGAACAAGAAGAGGAGAAGAUGAGGGCGAUUCUGGCAUCUGCAGACCGGGAGAAUCAGGAGGACGAUACGGUGGAAGAGGGCAUGGAUGCUGAGCCCAUCGAGCUUGAAGACCUGCUUGGUUUGAUGAAGGUAUGACCCUGAGCACUCUCGACUGUAGUUUCCGGUAUUUUAGAAUCUAAUGGCUGUCCGCUAUAGCCCGAGGUGUUUGCCAAUUUCCCGAAUGUGGAUGAUGAGUAUUUCGAUUGGGAUGAAAUUCUGGAUCCUAGCAGCCCAGAGCCGGUGAGUUAUCUGGUCCACUCAGGCCAUUCCUGUCUAUCACUGCGGAGAGUUGGGGCUAAAUAUUUGUGUCCAGAUUGCCCGCCUUCUCUUGCUUCUUUCUUAACGUAACAUCGAUACUGUUGCACGUUUAUUCGGCACUUUAUGCGGCGCUUAUUUUAGUGGGACGUGGGUAUAUCGGGGCAUAGAGCCGUGCUUGUCUGAUUAUUCCAGACCGUAGAGGCUCAACAAAAAAAGCAAAUGAACUGUCUCUGUAUUUCUAGUUAAAUCCAAUUCGAUUUUAGCUUUUGUUAAUUGUUGGUGGAGUUUUCUUGGAAAAUAAGUAGUGUCCUCGGGUCAAAACAUGGGUUGGUAGGGUAUGGAAAACAUCGUCUGGAGCUUCACCGAAUCCCAAUCGUGAAUCAAGCACACCACACGGCCCAAG